AUGAUAAAUUAUUUAAAGUAUCAUCAAUAUGUCACUGCUUUUAUAAUUAGUCUUUUAAGUGUAAUAUUUGAAUCUAACACAAAAAUUGGAAGUAUUUUUACUGCAUAUUUAUCUAGCUUUGUUUUAGGAAUAAUUUUUAACGCAAUAUGUGAAAUUGAAAUUUACGAUAAAAAAUAUAUGGAAUUUUUUUUGAAACAAAUUUUGUCCUAUACUUUAUGUAUUUCUCUUAUCGUAACUUUUUUAUGUAUAAAAAAAAAAAACAUAUUUACAUCUAAAUCAUCAAAAUAUAAAGAAAAUGUAAUUUUCUUUGAAUCAAAACAGAAAGUUUCAAUAUACAAUUUUUUAAUACGUAGAAGGGUACUACAUUUGGGAGUUGCAUUUGUAUUUGGUGCCACUGGAACAGUUAUUGGUGGUAUUUUAUCUUAUUAUUUAACAAAAAUUAUAUAUGAGAUAAAUGAUAUUGAAUCGGAUAAUUACUUAAAAAAAAGUGUUGCUUGUUUUAUAUCAACCUAUAUUGGUGGCUAUAUUAAUUUUAUAGAAGUUGCUGAUCUAUUAAAUAUAAGCGGUGAAGCAAAAAAUAGUAUAUUUAUAUUAGAUGAUAUUUUCACAAACAUAUUUCUAAUGACUUUACCUUUAUUUAAAAAGUAUUGCAAAAUUACUUAUUUUUGUAACAGUGAUACUUUAAGUGAUAUUGAAGAAGAUACAAAAAAAAAUAACAAUCUUAAAUUAAAUAAUGAAGAGAAAAAACACCUAAUAUCCGAUAAAAAAUUUAUGAAUCUAUAUGGUUCUUUCAUAAAUAAUGAAAAUCAUCAGAAACAAGAAAAUAUGAAACCUUACCUUUUUUAUGAUUUUAUUAUUAAACUUUUAUAUGAUUCUUUAGCUAUAAUACUUGUAGUUUUGUUAAGCAAAAAAAUAAUAAAUGACAAUGAUCUACUAUACAAAUUUAUGAUUUCUCACAUAAACAUUGACAAACUUAAAACAUUUUUUCUAUUGAUAGUAACAUUUACUUAUAUGUACACAUUCGAUUAUAUAAUACAAAUUGUAAACAUUAAAACGAAUAAUUAUAAAAUAACCAAAUUUAUUACAGGUGUAUACUUUAGAUCAUUAGAAUAUUAUUCAACAAUUUUAAAAAUUUUGACUAUAUACUAUUUGUCUCUUUCUGGAAUUUUAAUAAAUGUAAAAAAUUUAUGUGCAAUAGCUAGCCCUUUGAUAAUAUUAAUAAUAUGUAUACUAAUAAUUCACUUAUUCUUUACUUUUGCUUUUUCAUUUAUAUAUAAUUUCGUUUCAGGAAUCUCAUUUGCAUCUAUAUCCAUUGAUGAAAUAUUAUUAGCUAUUAAUGCAAAUAUAGGUGGACCCACUACUGCUGCUUUAAUGUCUAAAAUUUUAGAAAGACCUGAUUUAACAUUUGCAGCCACAAUUUGGGGAGUUAUAGGAUAUUUAAUAGCUACUAAUAUAUCAUUAGGAAUUUAUUCUUAUUUAUAA